CAAGUUUGAUCUAUCCAAUGUCUUAUAUUGCAUCAUUGAAUCUCCUUGGAGAAGAAACGUCGAUUCCUCUAUCAGAAGAAGAUGUCACUAACGAACUUGCAAUGUGGGCCAAUGCUGAAUUCAAGUUUGAUUCUACACCAGGCUCAGCUCUUUUGGAUCUUAAACCUACACAUACAAAUGAUUCUUGUCUUUAUAAUACUGUUUUCAAUGACAUACAUCCUUUUGAUCAACAACAUUUAGUGACGAAUUUAAUUGAUAAUAAACAACAAUCAUCUGGAUUACUGGAUGAAGCAAAACGUAAAUCAAGUGUGGAUGAAGACAAGCGUCGACGCAACACAGCCGCAUCAGCAAGAUUCCGAAUGAAGAAAAAGUUACGUGAACAGGCAUUACAACAAACUGUCAAGGAUAUGACGGCCAAGGCAGAUAUGCUUGAAGAACGGUGUAAGACUCUGGAAAUGGAAGCAAAAUGGUUACGUGCUCUCUUGGUUGAGAAAAACCCAGCUUUACUCCCAUCGUUAUCUACCUCAUGAUGAUUUAUUUAUAUUCUUCGUAUGAUAGUCAAUAUAUAUAUAUAUAUAUGUAUGAUUUUCUUUUUUGUACAUUUUUAUUUUGUGAAAUAAAGC